AUGAGGACUCUGGAAUCACUGCUGCUGCUGGUUUUGGCUUUUACAUUUGCCACUGCAAUAAGGCAAAGAAGUCAGUUCACACGUUACCGCUCAUGGAACUCACGGAUGUAUCCCGUGUGGAAAGAUGGAGACCAAAGAUUCAGAAACUGUUGGUCUGGUGGUGAAGUAACCUUUGAUCUUAAGAAUGAUGCACCCACGCUGACUGGAGCAAGAGCGACCUUCAAUAUUAAUCUCAACUUCCCACCAAACCAGACUGUGCUCUCUGAUGGUCAGGUGGUCUGGGCGCGUAACUGCACCAUCAAUGGACAACAGUAUGUGGAGGGUCAGGCUGUGUAUCCAGAUCGAGACACUCAGUCGACCGGAGUUUUCCCUGACGGCACACCGUUCACCAGGAGCCAGGACAAGAAACCCCACUAUGUGUUUGUGUGGAAGACAUGGGGGCGUUACUGGCAGGUGGCAGAUGGACCAUCCUCCUCACUCACCAUUGGUACAGACAACAUCCCACUGGGCUCCUACAACAUGGAGGUUGUCAUCUAUCACUGCCGUGGCAAAGACAAGUUCAUCCCCCUUGGCUAUGCCUCCACAGUCUUCACUAUCACAGACCAAGUCCCCUUCACCGUAUCACUCAGCCAAGUCAAUGACAUAAACCAGGAUGACACAAACUUCAUCCAGAACCGAGCCAUCGCUUUUAGCGUCAACCUCCAUGAUCCCAGCCAGUACCUCGGUGCCGCUGAUAUCAGCUUCAGCUGGGACUUUGGUGACAACACAGGAACUCUGAUCUCCAGGGAACGCACUGUCACCCACACAUACCUCGCUGUUGGGACUUUCAAACCUCAGGUGGUGUUGAUGGCGAGUAUCCCCAAUGGCUGCGGAAACCCCACUGCUGUGGCUCCUGUUGACGCUUCUGCUGCCCCAGUUGUAAUCGUUAUGGCCUCCACCCCUGGAGCUGUCCCAGCUGACGGAGGAGAUGCAAUUGCCUCUGACGCCACUCCACUUGCUGCCUCUGUGCAGCCAGCUGAAGCUGCCAUAAACACAGAUGAUGGAGAAGUGGUUGUUGAUACAGACACAGAGGUGGUGGAGGUUGCCUCAGUAGCACCUGCAGGAGUUGAUGCAGCUGUUGUUCCAGCAGAACAAGAUCCUGCCAAUACUGGGACAGCCACUGCUGCUGUGGAGACAGAUGCUGCUGCUGCAGGAGAAGUGGCCACUGCUGCCCCUGUCGCACCUGCAGCUGAAGAGCCGGCAGAUGCUGACACAGCAGCCGCAGAUGAAACUGCAGUGGUUAUAGAUGCAGCUGAAGAAAAUGUAGCUGUGAUUGACGCUGCUGCUGCUGCUGCUUCAGUUGCCCCUGUUGCUGAGGGAGAAGAAGCUGCAGUUGACGGAGGAGCCACUGUCCUUCCAGAAGUUGCUGACACUGUUACUGUUGCUCCUGUGGCAGAAGUAGCUGAGGAUCAAGAAACUGAAGUUGUGGCUGCUGCUGCUGCUGCUGAUGUUGCUACAGAGGUUGUCCAAGCUGCAACAGAAGCCCCUGCUGAUAAUGCUGUAGCUCCUGCUGCCACUGAGAGCACAACUGUAGAAGAGGCAGCACCAGCCGAAGCUGCAUUUGCUACUGAGGCCGAAACACUAGAAACAGAGAAUGAGGUUGCAGCUACUGAAGCUCCUGCAGGUGAUGAGACGGUUACAGCUGAAGGUGAAGUUCAAGCAGAGGUGGAAACAGAUCCAGCGCAGAUUGCCCUCGUUGUGGCUAAAAGACAAGCACCGGAGCUGACAGCUGACUGCAUGGUCUACCGUUACGGCUCCCUCGCCACCUCUGUAGAUGUUGUCCAGGGUAUUGAAAGUGUAGAGAUUGUGCAGGUGUCCAAUGUUGUGUCAAUGGCGACAGCGCUGGAUCAGAAUGCUGUGGAUGUCACCAUUACCUGUCAAGGAAGUCUGCCAAGUGAGAUCUGCACAGUCAUUUCGGAUGCUGACUGCAUCACUCCGGUGGAAACGGUCUGUAAUGCAGCUUCACCAUCUCCAGACUGUCAAAUCGUUCUCCGUCAGUUCUUCAAUGACUCCGGAGUGUUUUGUUUGAAUGUCUCUUUGACCAACGAUGUCAGUCUUGCUGUGACGAGUGCUAGAGUCAGUGUAGCAGUAGCCUCUGGAGGUUCCCCAGCUGGAACUGCUGCUACAGUGCUGGGCGUUAUGGUUCUUGCCUGCGUUGUCUGUUGUAUCGGUUUGAUGUACAGGCGGUUCAAGCAGUACCAGCCACUGAGAGACGACCAUGACGUUAAUGGAGGAAGCUCAGUCGUAACAUCAGUGCCUUUGUUGUUGUGGAACUUGCUGAGCCGACAGUCACCAGGAGAAAGCCGUCCACUUCUUCAGGGGAGGGUUGUGUGA